AUGAAGCAAGCAAGAGUACCUAGUACCCACCUCCUCAUUGAUCUGUUUGAUCAGCGGCAGCGGCUGGUUGUUGGCUCUGGGCAGCGCGUGCGCGCGCCCACUCGCUGUAUGCGAAUUCUAGUGAUGCUAUUGCUGGAUACAUUACCAAUGUUAGGAAACGUUCUCCUGCUUUGUUUCUUCGUUUUCUUCAUAUUUGGAAUAGUUGGUGUGCAAUUAUGGGAAGGUAUUCUGAGGCAGCGAUGCGAACUCGUCCUCCCGACGAACGUGCUUCGACCCAACAUAUCGUUCUACUACGAGUUCUCAAAAGAACUAGACUACAUUUGUACGACGCCUGAAGACAGCGGGAUGCACCAAUGCGGAAACUUUCCUCCGUACCGAUACGGGCCUCUAGUAUGCAACGAGACCGCUAAACCGUUUUCAUACAACACUCCAACGAACUCCUCAUGCGUGAACUGGAAUCAAUAUUAUACAAACUGUACUCAGCGAGGCUCCAAUCCAUUUCAAGGAACGAUUUCUUUCGAUAAUAUCGGUCUCGCAUGGGUCGCUAUAUUUCUGGUAAUAUCUCUCGAAGGAUGGACGGAUAUAAUGUAUUAUGUACAGGACGCGCACAGUUUUUGGGACUGGAUUUAUUUCGUACUGCUCAUAGUCAUUGGGUCAUUUUUCAUGAUCAACCUCUGCCUGGUCGUAAUCGCUACUCAAUUUAGCGAAACCAAAAAACGUGAAAUGGAACGUAUGCGUGCGGAACGUGCACGCUUUACUUCGUCUUCAACUUUGGCUUCGUCUACGAAUAACAGUGAACCGGCUACGUGCUACGCGGAAAUCGUGAAAUACGUAGCGCAUCUGUGGAGAAGAUUUAAAAGAAGAAUGGCAAAGAAGAUCAGGGUUUACCGGUAUCAACGAGCGCAACUCCGAUGGCGAACAAGUCGAGAAACUUUGCAAUUGCCAGCAAAUCGACCGAAACAACAUCAUCCCCGCUGCCCGAAACUACAUCCUCAGGGUAACGGCAAGAGCUCAGAAGAUAUAGAGGAGCCGCUCAGCCGACCGAGCCUGUUGCGUGUCCCGUCGCUCUCGGCUGCGGACCUCGAGAACGCAUCGAACCUGUCGCUCCUGUCGCCGCCGUCGCUCGCGCGCCGCCGCUCCUCCGUGAUGUUCAGUGACACGGUGCUGCUCCACGCGCCGAACGCUCCGCACUUGGCGCAUCCCAACAAUGUCUGCUCCUCUGAGAAAAUGACGCAAACUGAAUUCGAGUUGCCGGCGGAGAGCGCGGAGGAGCGCGCGGCGGCGGGCGGCGCCAUGUCGUGCCAAGAGCUGCUCGCGCUCUCCGGCGCGCUGUCCGCCGCCCUGCCCACGGGGCAGGUUGCGCUCGACUCCUUCUUCGAGGAGCUCACUAAGGGCAUCAGCAAGCGCGCCGCCGACGACAAGCCCGAUACCAAGGUCGUAGAGAUAGAAGACUUUUCAUGUUGCGCUGAUUUGAUAGCGGCAGAGGCUGCUGCUAAAGAAACGAAAAAGAACAAAUUUACAAAUGCGUGUUCACUGUUAUGGAAUCGGAUAAAUAGACUUUUAUCAAUACUGAGAAAACAUAUAAAAAAUAUUGUUAAUCAUAAAUACUUUCAGCAAGGUAUAUUGUUGGCGAUUUUAAUAAACACUUUGUCAAUGGGCAUCGAAUAUCACAACCAACCAGAAGAGCUGACUGUCAUCGUGGAAAUUAGUAAUAUCGUAUUUUCAGCUAUAUUUGCGGUUGAAAUGAUACUUAAAAUCAUUUCCGAAGGCCCAUUCAAAUAUAUUUCCAAUGGAUUUAAUGUGUUUGAUGGGGUCAUAGUUAUUUUGAGUGCAUUUGAGCUUGCUCAGAGUAUGGGUCAUGAACAUGAUUUAGCCGGAAGUUCUGGGUUAUCAGUGUUGCGCACAUUUCGACUCUUGAGAAUACUGAAAUUAGUCCGAUUUAUGCCUAACCUAAGAAGACAACUCUUCGUAAUGCUGCGAACUAUGGACAAUGUUGCAGUGUUUUUUUCAUUACUCGUUCUUUUUAUAUUUAUAUUCAGUAUUCUGGGCAUGUACCUAUUCGGUGGUAAGUUUUGCAAGUUCGUCGAAGACAAUGGCACCGAGAGAGACUGUACUUGCCCUGAGAUCAUAUCGCAUCAUCCCAAGUGUGAAUGUGACAGAAAACAUUUUAAUAACAUCUUAUGGGCAACGGUCACUGUCUUUCAGGUAUUGACACAAGAAGAUUGGAACGUGGUUCUAUUUAAUGGAAUGGAAAAAACGAGUCAUUGGGCUGCGUUAUAUUUUGUUGCGCUAAUGACAUUUGGCAAUUAUGUUUUAUUUAAUUUACUUGUUGCUAUUUUAGUAGAAGGGUUUAGUUCCGAGCGAAACGAAAGAAGAGAGCGGGAACAACGUGAAUUGGCAAAGUCUAAAUUAUCAAGUGAAUGUUUUUCUGACAACAACGAAUUGCAAUACGAUGAGUCUAAUUCAGGAUCACAUUCAAGUGACAGCUUUUCUCAGAAUGAGAUUAAAAACUAUUGGAAAUCGGCCGAUGAUGUAAGAAAAGCUAAAGACGAUCCAAGCGGCAAUAAAGACAAGGUGAUAAAAUCUAGACGAAAACCUAAAUCCGUCGCCCACAAUCCUACGCUCUGUAAAGAUUGUGCACAAUCUAACAAAUGCAAUUUACAAAAAGAAUCAAAAAUGUUAGCAAACACCGCCAACGAUCACAGCAACAGUACAGUAGUACCAAUGAUAACUCAUACAGCAGCCACGCCGCAAGAUUCGCCUUCCACUACAUUAGAGCCCGGAGCGUCCUUUCGAGAUUUCCACGUAGCUUUAAGUUUAGAGAGAUCAUCCAUGUUAUCUAGUUUGGACUCGAUUGACCGCACAUCUUGUGCGAGUAUACCAGGCUUACUUAAACCUCCAAACAGUUACACGUUAACUCUCCAUUCAGCUGCCGCAGCUUUAGGUGCGGAGAAAGCUAGACUUCCAAUGUCUUUAGCUCCUCCGCCAUUAACUUUAGCUCUUCCACCAACGAGACCAACUACGCCCGGUACUCCAUCUACGCCUAGAUCUGUACCAUCGCCGAUGAUACCGGAGAAGAAUCUUCAAGUAACCAUCGCUAAAGACGAAAAUUGUCUAAACGUUAGUGAUAAAUCGAGCUUGUUGAGCUCGCAAAAGAGUUUAACUGUAACGACUCCAACUAUCAACGGUGAAGAAAAAUGCAGAGUACAACGCGGCUACAGCUGGAGACUCUCUCGGCCGAGUCUAAGAAAAAAGAAGCCAAGAACUGGCUCUGACUCCGACGCCGUCAUUUUGAAUAAUGGAAGGGACCACAUUGCAUGUAAUGGAUCGAGCCUCCGCAAGAACGACAUACUCCUGUCGUCGUCGAACGUGAUAAAGAACGACACGCAGUCGGAGCUGGCCCACGGGCGCGCGCGCGUGCUCGCCGCGCCCGCGCGCCGCGUGUCCGCGCACGCCACGCCGAUACUACCUGAUGUAUCGUGGAAAGCUCCAGAAGCAGGAUUUUCGUCAGAUUCAACAGUCCGUCUGGACACCGUUAAAUCACCGCCUCAUAGACUCUCCUUGACCAACGACUACUUAACAGUGACAUCAGUAUCGGAGGUGAAGGCGAGUAACCUGACAGCGAGCGGGCGCGCGCACGCGCUGCCCAGAGCCAACAACCAGCCGCUGCCGCUGAUCAAACAGAUCAAUGAGGAGGUAACAAUAAACAAUGUGUGUAUAUUUUCGUCGAGAUUCGACAGAAGAAGAUUUAGAUUUAAGGACCUUUUUCGUUUUAUGGAGCCGACAGGGUGUCUCAAAGAAAAAGAGGAUUAUGCUCUGUAUAUAUUUGCCCCAGAUAAUAAGUAA